GCCUUCACCUUCACCUGUAACUUUUACCUCAAGUCUCUUGCAUACACCGUCCUUGACUGAUUAUGAGAAAAAUGAACCUGACCCAUAUUCAUGCAUGAAUCUUGUUAUGUCAUUCGACCACCAUGUCCAUGCAGGAAAGUAAAAGCCCGAAUAUUUGUACCUUUUUACCUUCGUCCAAUAAAUUCACAAGAUUUUUCAAAAUGGGCUGCAAUAUACUCAAAGAUUUCUUCAAGGACGGAUCAGUGAUCAGUGUUCCUCUUAAACAUUCACAUAAAAUCGCAGAAUUAUCAUGUUCUUUAAAACGAAAUCGGUGUACCUUCUGCUGGCCAUUUUGGAGGCAUUGUUUUCGGUGGCGUGGUCCAACGUGAUCUAUCUCAGGCCGAGGGCCGAGGUACAAAGGCAAGAAUUUGAUGGAAGCAGUGCAUUGUUGGGUGGGUUGGUCGGAGGUGGAAUAGGAGGCGCAAUAGGAGCUGCCAUGGGAAGCGACACGGGAAAGGUCAUUGGGGCAUUAGGCGGCACACUGGGAGGUGCUGCUGGAGUUUUGCAGACGGAUUCGAGAAAUGGGAUUGCUGCUUUCGGAGGAGCGGUCGGUGGAAACUUGGGAGCGGGGAUUGGUGGGUCCUUGGGGGCAACAGUGGCGGAAGGGACGAGCGCUUUGGUGGGUGGUGGACUUGGGGGUGUCGCUGCAGGAUUAGCUGGAAUGUCUUUAGCCGGGCCACCGGGAAUGGUAGUAGGUGCGUUGGCUGGUGUCGGAGCAGGCGCAUUUUUCUCCCAGGUUGUUGUCGGGCCGUUGAUGGGAAUCAUAACGGGAGGGCUGCUGGGAGCGGUGGGAGGAGGUUUGGGGUCGUAUUUAGGCGCAGUCGGUUUGGACAUGGCUCAUGUUGCUCUGCUCAACAAUCAACAACAACCCGGACAAAUGCCACCAAUUCAACCUUACUAACAACAUUUGUAAUUAAUUGUUACCUAAUCGCAAAUAAAAAGCAAGUAAAUAGUCUAAAUCUAAACAAUGAAUUUCUGCAAUAUCUAAAAUAUUCCAUAAACUGAAAAACAUUUAAACCGUUCCAUGCAAUAAAUUUCCCAUUCUGUUAAGUCAACAGAUCAAGUUUGGAAUGGAAGUACUUUAGAGAUUGCGUAAAUUAUAGGAAAAAUAUUAAUUGUGGCUUCAAAAAAAACUGUAACAAGCACCACCAUUGAGACGACAGCACAAUGAGUGCCGACAAUAUUUAGUAUAAAU